UUUACUCUCUGGGACCCAGAACACAGACUCAUUAUGUUAAGAGUCUUACUGAGUACCAUCCAGGCCUCUGUAUUAAUUCAGCAAGCACCUAUUUUGAUGUCCUGGGUGCCAGGCCCUGUGCUAUACCCAAGAGCCCCCAGUAUUGUUCCGGUCCCCAAAUCCCCCAGGGGAGUCAGGAGGAUGAUAAGAAACCUGUCAACACAUCACUGAACAAGAUAACUCCCAUCUUGGAAACCGCUGUGAAGACAAUAGGGCACAAGUGGUAUGGGGCAGAAUCAAGGGUGCCCGGGAAGGGUCAUCAAGGGGAAGUACAGAGGGACAAGGGAAAUGCAUUCUACCAGAAUGAGUUUCAUUCUGGGCACUCAGCCAGAGAUGAGCUUGUAAACCACCACCAGUGGAGCCUUGCAUGUAGCAGAUGCUAAAUAGAUGCUCACUGAAGCAAGAGGCUUUCCUUCCAGCACAGAUUGCCUUCAUGUGUGUACUGCUGCAUGCCAGGCUCCAUUUUCGGCCCUUGCCACACCUUAAUUCCUAUAAUUUCUGUGCUAGGUCACCACUCUCAUUUUAUGAGAGGGGGAAACUGAGGCAAACAGUGCCCGAAGACUUCAUAACUGUCUAGCUUUCUGUCAGUAGCAGAAAUAGUUAUCACGCUGGAAGUCAUCUGAGCAACUGGAGGUCUACCCUUGCCUGCUGUGGCCUUCAGUUUUUCUAUUUGUGAAAUGGGGUAGGAGAAUUCAAGAACUGCCUGCAGAGGAGCUUGCUGUUCCUGCAAGAGGCCAGCGGAGGAGGGAAUGACUGCUGGGCUCUUUGCUGCUGGGGCCCCGGAGCAAGUGACCUUUGAGGACGUGGUUGUGGACUUCACCCAGGAGGAGUGGGGGCAGCUGGAGCCUGCCCAGAGGACCCUGUAUCGCGAUGUGAUGCUGGAGACCUUCAGGCUCCUGGUGUCUGUGGAUUUGGAAACUAGGCCCAAAACCAGACUGUCAGCUCUAACGCAAGACAUCGCUGAAGAAACGCCCAGCAGUGUCCUGGUGGAAAGGUUCCUGUGGGAUAGUCUGUGGUGCUCUGAGGGUGACGAUGCUGAGGGCCAGGGGGGGCAGUGUCAUGAGAGCCGAGAUAGACACAUGGUGCAGGUGGCCUUCAUGCCCAUGAAGACACUCAUGCAGCAGCGGCAGCAGGGGAAUGAGUUUGGGGAAAACUUGAUUCUGAGCCCUAGUCUCCCAUCUCAGCCAGAGAUUCCUGAAAGACAAGGCAUCCACAUGCUGGGGACACACAGGAAGAGGGGGAUGCCAGAGCCAGGGCUAAAUGCUCAACAGGAGAUAUAUGCAAAGGAGAAGCCCUACAAGUGUCAGGCAUGUGGAAAGGCCUUUAGUCACAGCUCAGCACUUACUGAGCACAACCGCACGCACACAGGAGAGAGACCUUAUGAGUGUCACGAAUGCGGAAAAGGCUUCCGGAACAGCUCAGCACUUACCAAACACCAGAGGAUCCACACUGGUGAGAAACCUUAUAAGUGUACUCAGUGUGGGAAAACCUUCAACCAGAUUGCCCCACUGAUCCAGCACCAGAGAACUCACACAGGGGAGAAGCCCUACGAGUGCAGCGAGUGCGGGAAAUCUUUCAGUUUUAGGUCCUCCUUCAGUCAACACGAGCGGACUCACACUGGGGAGAAGCCCUACGAGUGCAGCGAGUGUGGGAAGGCCUUCCGGCAGAGCAUCCACCUCACCCAGCACCUUCGAAUUCACACGGGAGAGAAGCCCUACCAGUGUGGGGAGUGUGGUAAGGCCUUCAGCCACAGCUCUUCCUUGACCAAACAUUGGCGAAUCCACACUGGGGAGAAGCCAUACGAGUGCCACGAGUGUGGGAAGGCCUUCACGCAGAUCACACCACUGAUUCAGCAUCAGAGGACCCACACGGGAGAGAAACCGUAUGAGUGCAAUGAGUGUGGGAAGGCCUUCAGCCAGAGCACACUCCUGACAGAGCAUCGGAGGAUCCACACGGGAGAGAAACCCUAUGGGUGCAAUGAGUGUGGAAAAACCUUCAGCCACAGCUCAUCACUCAGCCAGCAUGAGCGGACGCACACAGGAGAGAAGCCGUAUGAAUGCGGUCAGUGUGGGAAGGCCUUCCGGCAGAGCACACACCUCACUCAACAUCAAAGAAUCCACACUGGGGAAAAGCCCUAUGAGUGUAGUGACUGUGGCAAGGCCUUCAGUCACAGCUCAUCCCUAACCAAACACCAGCGGAUCCACACUGGGGAGAAGCCCUAUGAAUGUAAUGAGUGUGGCAGAGCCUUCAGCCAGCUUGCCCCACUCAUUCAGCAUCAGAGGAUUCACACGGGAGAAAAGCCCUAUGAAUGUAAUGCAUGUGGCAGAGCCUUCAGCCAGAGCUCCCUUCUCAUAGAACACCAGAGGAUUCACACCAAGGAAAAGCCCUACGGGUGCAACGAGUGUGGAAAAUCCUUCAGUCACAGCUCAUCACUCAGCCAGCAUGAACGGACACACACUGGGGAAAAGCCCUAUGAAUGUCAGGAUUGCAGGAAAUCAUUCAGGCAGAGCACCCACCUCACUCAGCACCGGAGGAUCCAUACAGGAGAGAAGCCAUAUGAGUGCAGGGACGUGGGAAAGCCUUCACACACAGCUCGUCCCUUACCAAGCACCAGAGAACUCAUACUGGGUAAACCCACUUCACACUCACUGGAACAUGGAAAAGCCUUAAGUCAUAGCUCAUCCUGUACUAGACUUGACCCAGUCAUUCUCAAUGGAAACAAUACAAGUAUAUGCAUAUGCAAGCCUUCAACGAGCACAUGUCUCAGACACCCUCAGAGAGAUGUGGUGGAAAUGAUUGUGGAAAUAUUAAGCUCUAGGUCAUCCAUCCCCAGAUAUCAGAUCAUCCAAACAGUAAUAGGGAAAUGUGGAAUUAAUCAGUGUUGAGUACCCUCAGUCAUAAGUGCCCACUAAUGCUACAUUGUACAACCUACAAAAAAGAGAAAUGGGGGGGGGGGGCGCGGAAAUGUAGUGGAUCUGGAGAUGGCUUCAUCCAAGGAUUCACAAAAUUCCAAAUGAGAGAUUUUCAAAGUGGUGAGAAACCCAACAAAUGCUUUUUGUAUACAGGAACCAGAUACACUCAGAAUUAUCAUUAUUGCACAUUACAUUCUUGGGAAGGGUGCUUAUGAAUGGUGCAAGAUGACUUCAUAUAAAUUUCUCUACAGGACUCACAGGCAUUAGAAACACAGAUGUUGCUGUUUCACAAAAAGGAAGAUUUCUUUUCCCUUUGUUAAGCCAUCAUCUUAUGAACAAUAGCACCUCCGUAUUGGAACCUUAUGUUUUGCAAGAUUUAUCUUUUUUGAGAAAUGUACAAGUUAAUCUUCUCCUGAUAGUUUUUCAUUGAUUCUUUUUCCUGGUGUUUAAUAAGCUUUUGUUUUUGUAUAAUCUGUGUUGAAGGUCCAUAGUAUCACAUUAAAUCCUGAAUCCACUAACA